UUCAUUUCACUCCAACCGAAAAAGAGAAAAGGGUUAAAUAUGUAAUUACACAUCUCAUAACUGAAUCAUCAUCGAAUCUCCAUUUUCACCCAAUUCCCAAAAUUAGGGUUUCACAUUCUCCCAAUUUCAUCAAUCAAUCAAUGAAAGAAACCAACGGCAAAAACACUAUCGAAAAACCAGAUCAAGAUCAAAAUCAAGAUCUAGGAUUCCAUUUCUUAGAAUUGAGUCGUAGAAAAGCGAAACUAGAUUCAGAAGAUUUUGAAGUUGAUGAUGAAGAGAAAGAGGAAUCACCGAGUGAGUUGAAUACGAUAAAUUCUUCAGGAGGUUUUGUUGUUGUUGCAACGGAUAAGCUUUCGGUGAAGUAUACGAGUGUGAAUCUUCAUGGUCAUGAUGUUGGUGUUAUUCAAGCGAAUAAAGUUGCACCGAUGAAGAGGAUUGUUUAUUAUUUUGAGAUUUUUGUUAAGGAUGCUGGGGUUAAAGGGCAGGUUUCGAUUGGGUUUACCACCGAGAGUUUUAAGAUGAGGAGACAACCUGGGUGGGAGGCUAAUAGCUGUGGAUAUCAUGGGGAUGAUGGUUUCCUUUAUCGUGGACAGGGUAAAGGGGAAGCUUUUGGUCCAACCUAUACCACUGGUGAUAUAGUUGGUGCUGGAAUUAACUAUGCAGCUCAGGAAUUCUUCUUCACUAAAAAUGGACAAGUUGUUGGCACAGUUUUUAAAGAAAUGAAGGGUCCCCUUUUCCCAACUGUUGCUGUUCAUAGCCAGAAUGAAGAGGUACAUGUCAACUUUGGGCAGAAACCAUUCACCUUUGACCUAAAGGAAUAUGAAGCACAAGAAAGAAUGAAGCAGCAAAUUAAAAUAGAGGAAGUUCCCGUGUCACCAAAUGCCAGUUAUGGAAUUGUCCGUUCCUACCUGCUACACUAUGGCUAUGAAGAUACAUUGAAUUCAUUUGAUGAGGCUAGCAGGAGUACCAUUCCUCCUAUAAAUAUAGUGCAAGAAAACGGUAUUGAUGACCAGGAAACAACAUAUGCAUUGAAUCACAGAAAGACUCUACGGCAGCUAAUCAGAGAUGGGGAGAUUGAUGCUGCAUUUGGUAAAUUGCGUGAAUGGUAUCCCCAGAUUGCUGAGGACAAUACAUCAGCUAUGUGUUUUCUGCUUCAUUGCCAAAAAUUUAUCGAACUAGUUCGGGUGGGAGCACUGGAAGAGGCUGUCAAAUAUGGAAGAAUAGAAUUGUCAAGUUUUUUUGGGUUGUCUCUCUUUGAGGAUAUAGUUCAGGACUGUGUUGCUUUGCUGGCCUAUGAACGACCGUUGGAAUCUGCCGUUGGUUAUCUUCUGAAAGACUCGCAGCGCGAAGUUGUAGCCGACGCAGUAAAUGCAAUGAUAUUGUCUACAAAUCCCAACAUAAAAGUAACGAAAAAUUGCUUGCACUCCAAUCUCGAGAGGUUACUAAGACAGCUCACUGCAUGUUGCUUAGAGAGACGAUCGUUGAGUGGAGAGCAAGGAGAAGCUUUUCAACUUCAGAGAGUGCUUAGCAGUGGUAAAAGAAGCUAGUGCUAUAUCUCUAUUGAUCUUCUAACUCUGCUGUUCAUAUCACCCUUUUUGGUUUUGUAACAAUGCCAAAUGAUCAAAUUGAUCUUCGGGUCUCAUGCCGCGGAGUCCUCCCACCUAUGUACAUGUAGACUAUCUUUUAAGGGGGUGGGUUUUGUAUAUGCAUGUAAGUUUGUAACUUUUUAAUAAUCAAAACGAUGGAAAUUAGAAAUUGAACUAGUCAUGAUUUCAAUUUUAGCUGUAAAAUAUACAAGCUUCUGUUUCUGUUUUGUUGUGCUUCUGUAUUCAAUCUUAGCUAUAAAAGAAAAUUGGUCUCUUA